GUACUCUCUGUCCGAUCCUUUCAUGAUCAUACCCUCAUCACAGCUCUUUCGAUCAUUGAAUCGGUUUCAUAUACCCUGUGUACUCUAGAGCACAACAUUGCAUCGUCUCCUAGGUGCCCACAACAUUGAAGGGUGCCGUCCAAUCUGCAUUUAGCUUGUGGGAAUGGAGUUCCCUCCUACUGUUCCUAUUACCUACUCCAUUGCGGGAUGCUCAGAACACAGUGGAAAAUAUGUUGCAGAAAACAUUCGUGUGGAUAAACCUUUGGACCAAUCAAGUCGGUGGAGUGGUGCGUACCAGGCAGGGAACGUGAAGCAAUGGAUGUUGCUCAAGACGGAAGAGCUAUGUGUGCUCAAGAGCGUGACAUUUGGAAAGAGGUUUGUCCGUCGUGAUGUUGGGAUUAGCGUUAGCGACUUACACAAAUAUUAGCCCAUCCUUGCAACAUGAAAGAAUUCAAAUUGCUUGUGGGCCUCACCGAAUCAAAUAUGACUGAAGUGCUGCAUGCUGGACUGAAGAAUGACUCUGUUCCGGAGACAUUUCUGAUACGCUACACGAACAGUGAUGCCGUACCAUUUCCCACCAGAUAUUUGAAGAUUGUACCUUUGUCUGCUCACGGCCAGAGUUUUCAUACAUCGAUCUGGUAUGUUAGCCUGAGUGGUAUUGUAGAUCAGCCUUUUGUGGAGCAAGUUCACUUAAGACACGAGGAGCAUCAAGAAACCGUCAUUCUUCGAUAUAUCCUCAAGCACCUUCGACAACGUCGCCUGCUCACACCGUACCAGGAGAUAAUCUCACGAGCAUUCCCCGAGACAUCGUCGUCGGCAUCAUCGCCGUAUCUUUCUACAAAUCCGUUUGAGCAUCCUACGCUCACCCAGCUACACAAGUCACUUGUCCUUCAGGGUGAUUACCCCGUGGCGGAAACUUUACUUUCUUCCUGUGCCUCCCAGGGACUGCUUUCUGAAGCCAUACUACAAUUCCAACCCUCGGCCGAAUGGUCGCGUAUUGACUCAGAUGCGCUCAAGGAGGAGUUCAUGCAGACCGAUGAGGUAAAUGAACACCCCACUCCACGUAUCAAGCCCAGUCCGAGAGGGGGUCAUGCUAUGUGUCUAGAUCGCGCCAAUGGUCUGAUUUAUAUGUUUGGUGGCUGGGAUGGUCGAAAGAGCCUAGAUGAUUUCUGGGUAAUGAACGUACGCGAAAGACAAUGGAGGCUCAUAUCCACUAGUCGUAAUUCAUCGGGUGAUAUUCAUCCCGGACCUCGUGCAUGCCACAAAAUGGUGUUCGACGAUAACACGGGUGACAUUUAUCUCUUCGGACGAUUGGAUGAAGGCGUCAGCGUUGACCCUCCAGCACCACACACCACGAUUACUACCACUGCUGCGUCACGACUCUCUGAAGGGGCAUCCCCAGCUUCGCUUCCACUUCCUGGUAGUCCUCCGUCAGGUAAUGGGAGCUCACCACCUCCCGCAGGUAAUCCCAGCCCUGCUAUAUAUCCAUGGAGUACUCCGUGGUCGGCCGAGUUCUUCCGUUAUCACACCAGGGGGGGACAAAGUGGCAAGUGGGAGCUGAUUUCCCGGAAUACAUCUGCAGAGCAUGGGCCGCCGCUCAUAUUUGAUCACCAAAUGGUCAUCGAUACAACGUCUCAGAUGAUCUAUGUAUACGGUGGUAGAGUGGUUGAUGGUGACUGGGAAUCGAUCAAGUAUUCUGGCUUGUAUUCAUAUGAUAUUAAGACUGGCCGAUGGAAGAUGCUCAACUCCCCCGAUAACUCAAGUACACACCCUUUCAUACCUUCGAGGUUCGGCCACUCCAUGGUACUUGAACCGAGCACCCAGACGUUAUUCAUCUUUGCGGGCCAACGAGACGACGGAUACCUCUCCGAUAUGUACACUUACCAUAUACCCUCAAACACCGUCACCGAACUCUUCUCGAACUUUACUACAGCGGGUGGACCCGAUGCUUGCUUCACUCAGAGGGCGUUGAUCGACACCGACCUCCGAGAAAUAUACGUGCUAUGUGGCUUGACGAAAGGUCCUCCCGGCGCACUAAGCGUCCUAGAGAAAGACUCGCCAUAUUGGAUAUACCGCUACAAGCGUCCGGACCAACCAGGCAAAUGGACAAAGAUUCUUUCUCUUUCUAGUCCACCUAACAAACCAGAACCGACUGUUGGUCCUGCGCCUCUUCCGCGUUACGCACAUCAAGCUGUGUAUGAUAACGAGACAAAGACGAUCUACAUGCAUGGCGGGAAUGCCGGGCUGGAAAAGGAUACUGAGGACGUUGUUCGGUCGGGCGGAGAUGGUGAUGAUGAUUCAAGGCAGAGUGCUCCCCCUGCUACAAGAGAUAUCGGUGUCGGAACGGAUGCACGUAGGGAAGAACGGCAUGUCGUGGGCGGUGAUGGUGAAGAGAAUAGAUUGGAUGAUUUCUGGAGUUUACGGCUCAAGCGACCUGAUUCAAUAGAUAUCGUUCGUCGAGGGAAGUAUAUCAUCCGUCAACAGCGAUUCCGCGAGUUGUGCGAAGAUGAUGUACCAGUCAAAGCUCUGAGCUAUCUCAAAACGGAGGUUUCCGCUGUUGUGAACCAUUCAGAUCCAGAUGAAGGGUCACUUUUCAGAUCACUUCUCUCACAUCUUCUCACGCCAUCAUUUGCGAAGCAACAUGAUGCCUCCUCAAGCCUUGCAUCGGGUCCAUCAGCAGCAAAAGGGAGAUCGAGGCCGGAUACACCGUCAAACGGGAUUGAUGAGGACGCAACCAUGACCGAUAGUGACGCAGAACCUUCGAGCUCAGGAGUCACUACACCUAUAUCAUCAUCGGUACUUCUAACCCUGAGGUUAUUUGAGGAAGAUCCGAGCGAAACUAGGGCGCAAGGUGAAGUACCCCCACCUUCCGCUGCCAGGUACAGGCAGCGGACACAAGUGUUCGAAGAGUUGCUCCAGUUCGUCAAUGAAGACGUAAGGCAACCAGACAGGGACCUUCUCGAGUUAAUCAACAUUGAUCAGAUGGGACAGGAGAUUUAGGCUCGAGAGGACUCCAAGGAUGUUGUACAACACUGUUAAAUUAGCACAUCGGGUAUAGGGUACUCUCGUCUCGCAGUAGUCAAGUUCACUCAUCCAAAUUGAUUGUUGCUUUGCCGAAUUUUGCAUACAAAACAGCUUUGAGCUCUUCCAUCUCCUUCUGACAUUCCUCCACCUUUGACAAAGUGUGUGACAACUCCGCAUCAAGGCUCGCUUUAUCCUUCUCAAGCCGUUUCAUAGCUCGCGAAUGAGGCAUAUGAACGAAUGCUUCGCCAAUGCGGUAC